CUUCCAGUGGUGGCUCUGCGCGUUUUCCUAAGGAUCCGACGUCAUUUUGUACCCAUAUUUAUUAGAACGGCUGCUCUUGAGCACAGCUCCUACACCCAAGAACCCGUUUUGGCGGGGGGGCCUCCUGGGAGUGAGCCGCCUGUCUGGAUGACAUUAGGUGGGUUUUUACAGCGGCCCUCUGAUGAUCUUGAUGUCAUGUAAAAUUGUGCAGUUCAAAAUAAUCAAAUUGGAGAAACGUUUCUUCUACUUAAAAAGGUUAUCGUCAAACUACCCAAUGGGAUUUUCGCUUAGUAAAUCUGCUACUCAGGUAUCUGCUAUGAGAAUGAAUUCAAAAGUGGAAGAUCACUUAAUGCAAGGGACUGAGAAAAGCAAUUUGGAACCAGUCACUUGGUUAUUUCAAAACACCAAGAAAAUAAGAUUAGAAGACAGAAACCAAGAGAACUUUACAAAAAUUGAAGAGACUGGCACUGGCUCUGUUUCAGAAAAAGCUCUGAGUUCAGUGGUGUAUGUUAAAGAAAGUGAUGGAAUAGAAAUGACAGAUGUGGAAUGAAGUAACAUACACAUUUCCAAAGAAACCAAAAUUGCUUUCAAUUAAGAGGUAUAUAUUCAGACCUAGUCUGCAUUAGGAUCAAAUGAAAUGAAGGAAGAUAUGUUUUAUUUUUCAGUAUUAUGAAUCAUCUUAAACUAUAUCUUUUUUGU